AUGAGCUUCAAACCUGACCUGACUAGGCUCCACAGAGCAACAAGGAUCGAAAACUUGUUAAGCUCCGACGACGGCGACUAUCCGAGGGUCUACUGCUGGCUUCGGGGAACUUACCUAUAUGAGUACGACCGAAAUGGAAGCAACUUGAAUUUGCUCGCUGGGGUCUUCCAGGCCAUCGAUGAAGGCGCAGCAGAUGCCAGGGGGUAUAAUAGUAUAUGUGGGGCUGGAGAGCGACACAAGUCAGGGAGAGACAGUGACGAAGAGGGUGAAAGAGCAAGAAAUGGCCAGGCUAGGAAUCGCGCCACUUUCAUGGCCCCGUUGGCACAACCAAGCCAUGGCCGUAGCGAGUCGGUAUGGCACCGACGUGGAAAGUAG